AUGGGAAACUUCAAUCCAUACGGGAGAGUGGUAAAUCGUGCUCCGCAUACAUCUUCGGAGAAGUUCGGAGCUUUUACUGAUGAAAAUCUUGUUGGAGCCGAAGUACACAUUGGUUUGACAAGAGACACAUAUAGAGUGGUAGGUUAUAGAACAGGAUACAUCUACAUAUCACAUUCGUUCGAAAUAUCACCUCCAGUUUAUGCUAGAUGGGUCCGAAUUACAAGGAACCCCGAUAUCAAAAAACCUUUGGUCCUCUGUGAAGUAGCAGUGAAUGGCUCUAAGUCAAGCACUGGAAGCUUCGAACGGAUUUCUGACGUGACAGGGACGGGAAAUACUCUUGAUACGAAGUUUGCCAGGUCUAUAGAACAUUGUUGUUACAUUUGUUUCAUCACUCAAGACUGUUUGGCAGUUGCAAUGGACAAUUCUCAAUGUUCUUUACUUGACUCUGAUAAUUACCAGAGUGAAUUAGGACAAACGCUUUAUGUUAUCAAGUAAUUGCGUAAAAGUGAUGGCAGAAAAAUUGCGGCCAUACUGCAUGCUGAAUCCCAUUUUUAGAAUUUUCUGAUAACUUAACAGAAUAAACAAAUUGAAG